AUGGACACAAAUCCGAAGAUUUCAACUGAGAUCAACAGUCGACAGGGCUUAAAAGAAGUGAAAAAUGCGAAUGAAACUAGGAGGCAGCAGAAGACCAGCAGUAACGACGGGAAGCACCCUAGUUAUCGUGGAGUGAGGAUACGUAAUUGGGGCAAAUGGGUGUCGGAAAUUCGUGAGCCAAGAAAGAAAUCAAGAAUCUGGCUUGGGACAUUCCCCACUCCAGAGAUGGCCGCCCGAGCCCAUGAUGUUGCUGCACUCGCUAUCAAAGGCAAUGCAGCUUUCCUCAAUUUCCCUGAGCUGGCUCAUGAGCUUCCCCGUCCGGCCAGCUUAUCACACAAAGACAUCCAGGCCGCUGCUGCCAAAGCAGCCGCGGCCACAUUCGACAAGCAACCAGCAAGUUGCGAAGUUGAAACCGAAGACCAAGGCGAGCGGAGCGGAUCAAAAUUUCCAAUUUCUGACUCCCCAAGUCUCAACUUCACGUCGGACGAUGACGCUGGUGUUCGAUCCACAGACGAAGACGCACUGUUCGAUCUGCCUGAUCUAGUAAUCGACCAGACCACUACUCCAAACAUGUUUGAUUUCUCUUCGUCUUUGAUGUCGCCUGCAGCCAAUAACUUCGGAUUACAAAUGGAUGAGCCAUUCUUAUUAUGGGAGUACGACCACACAGAGUUCCUCUAG